AUGGGCUUUCAAGGAAGCGAGGCAACUACCAUCAAGAUUAUCAUUCUCCAUAUACUGCUGUGCCUAUUAACUUUCUACACCAUCUAUUACAUGAUCGGGAGCAUUUGCUGCGGGGUGUUCAGGCUUCAUUCUUUUGAUGUACGUCUUCCUUUUGAUUUUAAAACGGAGCCCUCCUACUCAAACCCCAACUAUCUGGCGAAUGUCAUCUCUAUGGAGAUCACCUUUUGGAGCAGCGGCCUGUUCUUUGCUGUGAUGCUGAAACAGUGGGUCUGGGACUAUGCCCUCACCGUCACCUCCAUCCACUUGCUGUUGACCUGGGCAGUGAUGGGAGAAUUUCCUCUGGUCUGGCAAUGGUGGCUGGCACUUGCCAGUGGCCUCUUCCUCAUGAUUUGUAAUGGAGAACUCAUCACCUAUUUUGCAUACUCUGAUUCCAACAGCCCCAGCAUGGGCAGUUUUUUUUAA